AUGAGGGUGGCUCCUAUUUUGAAGAAACAACUUAGUUGUUAUCCAUCGGUACUUUGGAAGGUUCACAAAAUGCCGCCACGUAUGAGAGGAAGAGGAAGGGGACAAGGAGCAUAUGUAGCCCCAAACGACCAUGAAGCCGGACCUUCGCACAGGCGAACACCUUCAGGCUCCCAUAACACAGAUGCUCAAAAUCUGUGGAGAUCCUUUACUGAACCCGCAAGGCACUCGGUUUCACAGAGUACCUCACCUUCUAUCCCACACUCCUUUGGGCCUCAAUCAGAAAAUGAGCCCCACAACUCUCACCAGUCCUAUAUUCCUCUCCAAGGACAUCAAUCACCCUCUGACCACCCAUCACCUGUUUUCCAAGGCCUGUUCAACCCUGCUGACUACCUUGAUGUACCUAUGGGUUUUAACCCACUUGGACCAGAAGACCAUUUCCCUGGCGACAAUGCGAUGGAUGUCGAUGAAGAUACCGAUCCCUCAAUGCCACCAUCUGGAACUCCGAACCAACCUAUCGAGAUUUCUGAUGGGUCACCAUUUGUGGGAUCACCAUACAAUGGUCCCGACAGCUUUGAGGUGAGAUUCAGGCAGCAUGACUGGGUAUUUACCCCUAGUUACCAUAACUCUCCCCUGCACCAGCCGCAACACAGCUCUCCCUUGCACCCCCAGCAGCAGCAGCAGCAGCCACAGCAGCAGCAAAAUCCUUCUGAGGAUUUCCGGCGUGAUGUAGUCACUCCACCGCCGCCACCACCUCCGGUUUUGCCUCCUCCGCCUCCGAGCAGCCGGUACUCGCCACUUCACGAAGAACCUGAGAUGGGAGAAUCUUCACAUCCCGUCUCAGAAGUAACUUCUGCACCAAUCGCGCCACCACCACCACAGGACUUCGGGAACCCAAUCCCUGCUUAUACUAGCGCGGCAGCAUAUAAUCCCUUCGAGCAGACGUUUCCCCCAGGUUAUAACUUUACAGAGGAUCCCUACUGGGUAGCUGCAAACUACAACUCUCUCAAUCCGGAAGCAGCCGCAGCCUCCUCAACCACCGCAUUAUUCGCUACCACCGCCGGCACCGAUGAUGUCGCCGCCACAAGUUCAAGAAAUCCUUCAAGGGAUAAACGAUGUGCGACGUGA